AUGUCGAACGUUGGAUUACAAGUCAGACAAGCGGUCCCUUCUAUUGACCCUAUAGUUGCAGAGUAUGCUGUUGGGUAUAUUCAACAUGUUUCUAAUUCCACGGAAGACAGUGUUUUGGCACAACAAGUGGACAUCCCACAAGAAAUGGAAUUCGUUAAUGACUUGUUAGUUCAAGCAGGUGGCUCUUUAGAGAAGGUUGCAGCAUUAACUCAAGGUUUAAAGAAACAGUUAUCAGAUAAAUUGAACGAAAACAUGGAAAAGUUGGCGCUUACUGGUGACACUUCCAAGCGUUUGUUGGAUAUAAAUGUUUUACAAAACAAUACCAAGAGAGAUAUCAAUUCCUCGUUGGCUUUGUUAAACAGUGGUAACGAUAUUGCACACACUGGUAGACAGAUGGAAAGUAGAGUUGAUAAGAAGAAAUUGGAGAAACAAGAAAGAAAGAUUGCUAAGAAAGUUGCUAAGCGAAACAACAAAUUUGUCAAAUACGAAGCUUCCAAGUUGUUAAACGAAAAGAAAGAAGAGGAUUACGAUUCAUUUUUCUUGGAAAUCAAUCCCAUGGAAUUUGGUUCUAGUGCCGGUAAGUCUAAGGAUAUCAAGAUUGAUACCUUCGAUCUUUACGUGGGUGAUGGUCAAAGAAUCUUGAGCGAGGCGUCAUUGACAUUGGCUUACGGACGAAGAUACGGGUUGGUUGGUCAGAAUGGUAUUGGUAAAUCUACAUUAUUGCGUGCUUUGUCGAGGAGAGAAUUGAAUAUCCCUAAACACAUUUCAAUUUUACAUGUUGAGCAAGAAAUUAGAGGUGAUGAUACGCCGGCUUUGCAAAGUGUGUUGGACGCAGAUGUUUGGAGAAAGAGUUUGUUACAAGAAGAACAGAAAAUUAACGAGAGAAUUGCUGAGAUAGAGAAAUUGAGAAGUGAAUUCGACGAAGACUCACUUGAAGUUAAAAAACUAGAUAACGAAAGAGACGAUUUGGAAUCGCAUUUGCAGGAAGUGAGUGACAAACUUUAUGAAAUGGAAUCAGAUAAAGCAGAGAGUAGAGCUGCAGGAAUUUUGUUUGGUUUAGGUUUUACUAAGGAAACUCAAAACAUACCAACUAAACAAUUUUCAGGGGGGUGGAGAAUGAGAUUGUCAUUGGCCCGAGCAUUGUUUUGUCAGCCAGAUUUGUUGUUAUUGGAUGAACCGUCGAAUAUGUUGGAUGUUCCUUCUAUUACCUUUUUAGCUAAGUAUUUGCAAACAUACAAAUCAACAGUGUUGGUGGUGUCGCAUGAUCGUGCAUUCCUUAACGAAGUUGCUACAGAUAUAAUUCAUCAACACUCGGAAAGAUUAGACUACUAUCGUGGAUCCAACUUUGAUUCUUUCUAUGCAACCCGUGAGGAAAGAAUCAAGAACCAACGUCGUGAAUACGAAAGUCAGUUGGCCUAUAGAAAACAUUUACAAGAGUUUAUUGAUAAAUUCAGGUACAAUGCUGCUAGAGCUCAAGAAGCACAGUCUCGUAUCAAGAAGUUGGAAAAAUUGCCGGUAUUGGAGCCUCCAGAAGAUGAAAAGACUAUCACUUUCAAGUUUGCAGAACCUGAUAGCAUAUCUGCGCCAAUCUUACAAUUGCAGGAUGUCAGUUUUGGUUACGAUACAAACAAAAUGUUAUUUAAGGAUGUAAAUUUGGACGUUCAAAUGGACUCAAGAAUAGCAUUUUGUGGUGGUAACGGUACUGGUAAGACUACAUUAUUGAAACUUAUUAUGGACCAACUCUCACCAACAAGUGGGUAUGUCAACAAAAAUGGUCGAUUAAGAAUUGGGUAUUUUGCACAACACCACGUCGAUGCUAUGGAUCUCACGCUUUCUGCGGUUUCUUGGAUGUCGCAAGCUUUCCCUGGUAAAACAGAUGAAGAAUAUAGACGUCAUCUAGGGUCUUUUGGUAUUACUGGAUCGUUGGGUUUGCAAAAGAUGCAAUUAUUAUCAGGGGGUCAAAAGUCGAGAGUGGCCUUUGCGGCUUUGUGUUUGAACCAGCCACAUAUAUUAGUUUUGGAUGAACCGUCCAAUCACUUGGAUACCCAAGGUUUGGAUGCCUUGGCAGACGCUUUAAAGAACUUUAAGGGAGGUGUUUUGAUGGUUUCACAUGAUGUGUCGAUCAUUGAUAGAGUGUGCAAUGAAAUCUGGGUUGCUGAAAAUAACACUAUUUUCAAAUUUCCUGGAGAUAUUUAUGCUUAUAAAAAACACAUUCUUGCGUCUGCCGAUAUUGCUGGUGUGGUCAAACAACAUUGA